AUGGCAGCUAUUGACGAAUUUUUGAAGCUUCAGAUGAUCCAAAAAUUAGAACUGUCAUUCAGCAACGCUAGAGAAUUGCGUAGCCGUGCCGAGAUGCUCCCUAGUGGACUGAGCUGGAAGUGCCAGACAAUUACCUUGAUUCAUCCUACGAAAUCUCUGAUCCAUUUAUUCUGGAGAGAUCCUGUUGAAUGUUUGGAAAGCCUUUUCAGUAAUCCUCUGUUUCAUGAUAAACUCGAUUUCAUCCCUCGUCAAGUGUACACAAUGGCAGCGUGGCUUUUGAGGGUAUAUUCUGAAUGGUUAACAGGUAAUUCUGCAUGGGACAUGCAGAGUCAAUUUCCCAGAGGCGCCACGAUUCUCGGUACCAUGUUAUCUUCCGAUAAAACAAAUAUUACCACCAUGACUGGUGCCAGGAUCGCCCAUCCGCUUCUUCUCAGCCUCACCAACAUACAUAUGCGUACUUGUACGAAACUCUCAUCCAAAGCCUUCAUGCUCACGGCUCUCCUCCCCAUUCCAAAGUACCUACACCCCAACCAAUGGAUGCAUGGCAUGCUUGAAGAACACCUGAUACACGAGUGCCUUUUGAUUGUCCUAAAGCCCUUGAUGAUAGUGGCGGAAGUUGGCAUUAUGAUGUCUGAUCCAGUGGGAAAUGUUCGACAUUGUUUUGCACCUCUUGCAGCAUACAUCGUCGACACUCCUGAGGCAGCCAUGCUCACCAUAACAGUUGAUCCAGAUGAUCUCGAGGCGUAUUUUGAGGCGUGCGCUGAACACCAGCUAAAUGGUGUUCAUGCACCUUUCUGGCAGGGCUUCCUGCAUGCUGAUCCCUCAAUCUUCCUGAUGCCAGAACCACUACAUCACUGGCACAAGGAAUUUUACGACCACGACCUUCAGUGGUGUCUCAAAGUUGUUGGUGCCUGGGAGGUGGAUUUUAGGUUCUCCAUAUUGCAGCCCAUCACAGGUUAUUGCCACUUUGCGGGUGGAAUUUCCAAACUUAAGAAAGUCACAGGCAGAGUUCACCAGGACAUUCAGCACUACAUCAUUGGCCUGAUAUCCAGUGUAGCUCCUUGUCACUUUGUGACUGUGAUACGUGCUCUCAUGGAUGUCCAAUACUUGGCACAGUGUCCUGCACCCAACGAUGACUUAUUAUCGUCUAUCAACCGAUACCUUUUGACUUUCCAUGAACAUAAGGACAUUAUCAUGACGUUGGGUGCACGGAUGGGAGGGAAGAAGCCGAUCGACAACUGGUUUAUCCCUAAGCUAGAACUCCUGCAGAGCAUCACCUCCAGUAUGCGCAAAGUUGGCGCCCUCAUCCAGUGGUCCGCGGAUGUGACUGAACACGUCCAUGUGUCUGAAAUUAAGGAUCCUGCACGGCGCACAAACAAUAACGAUUACGACCCACAGAUAUGUCGCCACCUGGAUCGUGAGGAGAAACUGCGAUGUUUCGCAAUCGCUACAACACUCAAGAGCCAUCCUGAAUCCCAUGAUCUUUGUUAUGAUGCUCCUGAGGAGGAGGAAAGGGAAUUGGACAAUACUGAUUAUGAUGAACGAGAACCACUUGAUCCAUGGACUGCCCUCCUUGAGGAGAUGAAUCAUACAUGCAUCACUACAAAUUAUUUCAGCAAAGCCAAGAAACUUGCUACCCUUGGCCACAAAGAACGUCUUUACCCUCCUCGAACGUUUAUUGGUAGUACCACUGCUAUACAUCUCAAUUAUAAUCUGUCUCGCAGUGGAGUCAAACUUGAGGACAUUUCUAUUGACUACAACAUACCGGAUCUGCACGGCAUGCUUUCAAACUUCUUGCAGUGUGAUGCAAGGGACUGA